GCGACCCUCGCAAUAGAGCAGACAUUUUGUUUUGUCCUUCUUAAAUGAGGGAACCAAACUUAUACCAUAAACAAAUGGAUGUACGUUGGACGUUAUAAGACAUGUUAUUUAACGAGUGAAGAGCUUGGACAGCGUCCAGUUAAAUCAGAAGCGGCUCAACCAAGUCUUCGCACAGCUUCCUGCUGGACAUCAAACACUCAAACAGACGCUCGAACUUCUGAUCGAAGCUUCGGGGAGGCUUCGAACGCUUCGAAAACGGCCGAUUCUUGGAACUGGAGGAUGCCCAGUGUCCCGCUUCCAAGCCCAAGCUAUUCAACGGGGCGUCAUACUCCGUAUUACACCCAUCCAGAUGUGAGAAUCUAUGAGCUCAAUCGUCGCUUACAGCACCGGAUAGAGGAUGCUGAUAAUGUUUGGUGGGAUGCAUUUGCAUCAGAAUUUUUUGAUGAUGACGCUACCCUGACAUUAAGCUUUUGCUUGGAAGAUGGGCCAAAAAGAUAUUCUAUUGGACGGAACUUGAUUCCAAGAUAUUUCCGAAGUAUAUUUGAAGGGGGAGUCAAAGAACUGUAUUAUCAUGUGGUGCAGCCAAAAGAGUCCUACCACAACAACACUAGUACAAUAACAUUAGACUGUGAAAAUACAACGAUGAUUACACAUCAUAAAAUGCCAGUCUUCACCAAGGUUUGUACAGAAGGCCGUUUGUUACUGGAGUUCACAAUGGAUGAACUAAUGAGGAUAAGAAACUGGCAUUUUGCCAUUCGGCAUUACACUGAAAUGAUCCCACGCAAUGUCAUUGUUGGGGCUCAAGAUCCAAACUUUUUGGAUCAGUUGUCCAAGAAUAUUACAAGACAAGGAAUGACAAAUGUCACCCUGAAUUAUCUAAGGCUUUGCGUCAUUCUGGAACCAAUGCAAGAGCUCAUGUCUCGUCACAAAACCUACAACAUGAACCCCAGAGAUUGUUUGAAAUCCACUCUUUUCCAGAGAUGGCAAAGAAUGUGUGCCCCUCCAGAUUAUAACCAAGGCAACGAAAUGAUGUGGCAGCCGAAUACUCCAACUACACCAGGAUCCCCUUUUCCUAAACUUCUUGAGAGAACCUUGACUGGGCAGCCUGCUUCCAAAAAAGCAGAAACGCCUCGUCCUACGAGGACAAGGCGGAAACGGAAACCUACAAAUACAAACUCAUCGACCCCUAAUACUGGGAUGAACAGCACUUCCGGCAAAAAGAAGUCGCCAAGUGCGUCCGGGUUUACUCUGGCGACCCAGGAUGUAAUGGUUGUCGGCGAACCUUCUCUGAUGGGCGGCGAAUUCGGAGACGAAGAUGAGCGGCUCAUUACAAGAUUGGGUUGUGAUGAUGGUGAGAGCAGUUUCCUUGACAUUAGGCCCUCGACUGGAGAACACUCAGUAUGAUGCCAGCAAUGGUGUCGGCGACGACGGAGACUUUGGUAACAGCCCUAUGAGUGGAAGUCCGAGCCUUUGGAGUGCGGACAGAAAACCUACUCAAGACGACAGUGCCGGAGACUGACAGAGAAGC